AUCCCCAGUUAUAUAUCACAUCACCUUCCCCUGCUUUCAGCACUCCACACUCUCGCCAAGCCACACAGCCAGCCAGCGCCUCGAUCUAGCACCACUCCUCCAGCAAUGACGUCGUCCAGGAGAGCCCUCAUCCUGCUGGCGGUGCUGCUGGCGGCGGUGCCGGCGGCGCUGAGCCAGAAGUCGACGGCCCCGGCGCCCGAGGCGCCCGAGACGCCGGACGCGCCUGCGGCGGGGACGCCGCCCAAGGCGUCCGCGGCGCCGAACGUGACGGCGGUGCUGGAGAAGAACGGGCAGUACACCAAGUUCAUCCGGCUGAUGGCGUCGACGCAGCAGGACACGCAGCUGAACGCGCAGGCCAACGACUCCGACACGGGCUUCACGGUGUUCGCCCCCACCGACAACGCCUUCAACAGCCUCAAGCCGGGCACCCUCAACUCGCUCUCGCAGCAGGACCAGGUGACGCUGGUGCAGGCCCACAUCAUCCCCACCUUCUACUCCAUGGAGUCCUUCGAGACCGCCAGCAACCCCGUCCGCACCCAGGCCUCCGGCACCGACGGGCCCUGCACCGUCAACGUCACCGCCACCAGCAACAGCGCCGUCAACGUCUCCACGGGGAUCGUCCACACCACCGUCGGCACCGCGCUGCGCGCCACCAGGCCGCUCGCCGUCUACUCCGUCGACAAGGUGCUGCUGCCCAUGGACCUCUUCGGCCCCAAGCCCCCGGCGUCCGCGCCGCCGGCCCCCGGCAAGAAGCCCUCGUCGGCCAAGGGGGCAGCCAAGGCGCCCUCGGGCGACGACGAGGACGAGGAAGAUGCCCCGCCCGCCGGUGCCGCCACCGCCGUCGGCGCCGGAUGGAGGAGCCUGGUCGCCGUGGUGGCAGCCGCCACCGCCGCGUGCCUCUUGUAAGAAGA